CACCAAAGACUAUAUAUUGUGGUCAUGCGGCGUUACUGCAGCUGGCCCAGUGGGUGGCGCUGCCGCAUGAGCAGUACUGUACCAUGUUAUCAUUCUGCCAUAUUUUUUGUAUGAAAACAACGACAAAACACAGAUGUUCAACAUCAGUUCAAGAACAUUCGAACAUUAAAUCAUCAUCGUUUUCACUCAGUCGAUAAACCAAGUCCUUAUCGUUGAAGUUAGUCUAGAUAUCGUCCUGUUCGGUUAAAUCGUUAGUUCGUCAGUUUGGAUCUGGUGGUGUCUUCGUGGUUCCUCCCUGACUUGACCUUUUUCCAUGUUGAAAUGUCUGUAUUUAUAAAUGAAAAUUACAGAGCAGGGUUUCUAUUGACGGCGGUUGUAGUUUGUUUGGAAACAUGUGAGGGGAGGGGUCUGGAGAGCGGCUCCAAGUGGAUAUGUGGGAUUUUCUCUUCGUGAACAGCAGCUGGACGCAUGCGCUGUGUCUCCGCUCCUUCUCCAUCCUUUAAAGUGAAGGAACCAGCAGAAUCAACUUAUUUCUUUACCUGCUUAAAGGCGCCGCCGGCGGAGUGAGAGGUCCGGGACCGGGACGACGCGUUUUCUCCUGGAAAGUUUCAAGAAAAUAACUGUUCACACGGAAGAAGCAGAGAAAUCACAAGAAGACGGUUCGCGGAAGCCGGGAGCGCGGAUUACUGGAAUCAGAGCGUGUGUUGGUGUCACAGAUGCGGAAACAACAUGAGUGGAAACCGCGGAACCAAGUGUUUUCUCUCUCACGCGCACACGCUUCCAGGGUGAUGAAGGUGUUCAGUUUGGCGCGACACUCACACACACACACUCACCAUGAACUUCCCAAGUCCAGUUUCCUGGCACCUUCUCUCCGGGUAACGUCCGGUCUAGUGAGGUAACAGGCGUCAGGUAUAACUGUGAUGAUGUCAAAGGUGAUCCAGAAGAGGAACCACUGGAUCACCAAGGUCCGGGACUGUUCCCUGCUGCGGGACGCGCGCGGGGAGCUGAACGUGGAGCUGCGCGGAGGAGCAGAGCACGGACAGUUUGUGUUUGUGGCCCAGAUCGGUGAGGAUGCGGUGGUUGGUGAGGGUAAAGUGAGCGAAGGAGAGCUGCUGCUGGAGGUGGAGGAGCUGCCAGUGCCCGGGUUACCGCUCUAUGACGUCAUGACCGUGAUUAAGUUCUGCAGAGGUCCAGUCAGGCUCAAAACUGUGCGUCAAGGUCCUAAACUCUCCGUGGACCUGAAGCACUUCCUGAACUUGAGGUUUCAUAAAAGUUCAGUCGACCACGAGCUGCAGCAGACGAUCCGAGCGAACCUGUACCGUCACGCCGUGCCCUGUACAACUCGCCCGCCUCGAGACGGUGAGAUCCCUGGUGUGGACUACAUCUUCCUGUCCGUGCAGGACUUCCUGGAGCUGGAGAAGAGUGGCGUUCUACUGGAGAUAGGAUCGUAUGAAGGUAACUAUUAUGGGACACCCAAGCCACCACAGCAGCCCAUCACUGGGACAGUGAUUCUCAGUGAUGCAGACUCCCAGCAGUCCCCCCCGAAACGCACCAAGUCGUACAAUGACAUGCAAAACGCCCGCGUAGUGCCUGCUGACGACGACGAUGACGAACGGGCCACGGAAAUGAACAACAGUUUUACAGGUAACCCCAACGACCAGGAUGAGAGCCGCGGUGGAAUCCUGCGGCCGUACCCAGGGCGUGACGGCGCUCCAUCCUGUGGUCUGAACAAUGCUGCCAUCUCCACCAUAGACACCGGGCAGCAGACCCUCGCAGAGCCGCAGGUCUCUCCAGCCGACCCCCUGGGAGAACUGCCCGAAAACUGGGAGAUGGCCUACACCGAGAACGGAGAGCUGUACUUCAUAGACCACAACACAAAGACCACGUCAUGGCUGGACCCCCGGUGCCGGGACAAAGGCCCCCGCCCCCUGGAGGAGUGUGACGAUGACGAGGAAGCGCUCCACACUGAAGACCUGGAGAGUGAUUUAGAGCUGCCCCCAGGAUGGGAGAGGAUCGACGACCCGGUGUACGGAGUGUAUUAUGUGGAUCACAUAAACAGAAAGACGCAGUACGAGAACCCAGUGUUGGAGGCACAGCAUCGGAAGAUCCUGGAGCAGCAGCAUCAGCAGCAGCAGCAUCAGCAGCAGCAGCAGCAGCCACAGCCGCAGCCUCUAGAAGGUGAGCGGUAUAUCCGAGAGUGGAUCGAGGAGCACUCCUCUGCAGCAGCUCCUUUAGCCAACUACACCCCCGGUCAUCUGGACUCCUACAGAGACCCACAGAUGCCCCCCGCUCUACCUCCAGGCCCCACGGGAGUCAAACGUAAAGGAGGGAAACCUUUCUUCACGAGAAACCCGGCCGAGCUGAAGGGAACCUUCAUCAACACCAAGUUGAAGAAAAGCCGCCGCGGCUUUGGUUUCACCGUGGUGGGGGGCGACGAGCCCGACGAGUUUCUACAGAUCAAAAGUUUGGUGCUGGACGGACCUGCAGCCGUGGACGGCAAAAUGGAGACAGGUGACGUGAUCGUCAGCGUCAACGACACCAUCGUUCUGGGCUACACCCACGCUCAGGUGGUGAAGAUCUUCCAAUCCAUUCCCAUUGGCUCCAUGGUGGACCUGGCGCUCUGCCGUGGAUAUCCUCUACCCUUUGACCCCGACGACCCCAACACUAGCCUGGUGACCUCCGUGGCAAUCCUAGACAAGGAGCCCAUCAUCGUCAACGGACAGGAGACGUUCGACUCGGCAACGAGCCAGGCCGGACCCGACGUCGGCCGGAGGGAACCCAGGCCUCACAGUCCGUCAGCGGAGGUGGCAUCAAACGGUUCCCACGGUUACUCCAGCGACGUGGUCACCCUGGCCUCGGCCAUAGCCACGCAGCCGGAGCUCAUCACCAUCCACAUGGAGAAGGGGGACAAAGGGUUCGGCUUCACCAUCGCCGACAGUCUGACGGGCGGGGGGCAGAGGGUGAAGCAGAUCGUGGAUUACCCGCGCUGCCGCGGCCUGAAGGAGAGCGACAUCCUGAUGGAGGUGAACAAGAGGAACGUCCAAAACAUGAGCCACAACCAGGUGGUGGACCUGCUGAGCAAGUGUCCACGAGGGAGUGAGGUCACCAUGCUGGUUCAGAGAGGAGUGGUUCCAGCCAAGAGGAGCCCGAAGCUGGUGCACCAGUUGGAGAGGAAGGACAGUCAGAGCAGCUCCCAGCACAGCGUGUGCAGCCACCGCAGCGCCCACACGGACUCUCCCGGCCACCCGCCCUCCGUCAUGCCGGGUGAGGUUGUAGCUCCGACUCCUGCUGCUCCCACCCAGCCUCUGCCGGUCCUACCCUCUCAGGACCCCACGGACGGGACCCUCACCCUCCAGAAGAAGCCUGACCCCUUCAAGAUCUGGGCCCAGUCCAGGAGCAUGUACGAGAGCCGACUACCAGAUGUCCAGGAGCAGGACAUCUUCCUUUGGAGGAAGGACACAGGCUUUGGGUUCCGCAUUCUGGGAGGAAAUGAGCCGGGCGAGCCUAUCUAUAUCGGUCACAUAGUCAAGUACGGCGCAGCGGACGAGGACGGUCGUCUACGGUCGGGCGACGAGCUCAUUUGUGUGGACGGCACGGCGGUGGUGGGCAAGUCUCACCAGCUGGUGGUGCAGCUGAUGCAGCAGGCGGCCAAACAGGGACACGUCAACCUCACCGUCAGACGCAAGACCCCGGGAUACGGAGGGUCAAAAGGGGAGGGUGACGUGCCCCCAUCACCUGCCUCCUCCCACCACAGCAGCACCCAGGCACCGAGCCUCACAGAGGGCAAGAGGACCCCCCAGGGCAGCCAGAACUCGCUCAACACCGUCAGCUCGGGCAGCGGCUCGACCAGCGGCAUCGGCAGCGGCGGUGGGGGCGGCAGCGGCAGCGCGGUGGUCCCCGCCUCCCUGCAGCCGUACGACGUGGAGAUCCAGCGAGGAGAGAACGAAGGCUUUGGUUUCGUCAUCGUGUCGUCCGUGUCCAGACCUGACGCCAACACUACCUUCGCUGGAAAUGCCUGUGUGGCCAUGCCCCACAAAAUAGGACGCAUCAUUGAAGGCAGUCCAGCGGACAGGUGCGGGAAGCUGAAGGUCGGGGACCGGAUCCUGGCCGUGAACGGAUGUUCCAUCACCAACAAGUCGCACUCAGACAUCGUCAACCUGAUCAAGGAAGCUGGGAACACGGUCUCACUCAGGAUCAUCCCCGGUGAUGAAUCUUCCAAUGCUUCUCUGCUAACCAAUGCUGAGAAGAUAGCCACCAUCACCACCACGCACACACCUCAGUCCACAGAGCUGCGAAAUAACGCAAAGUCCAAAGGAGCUCCUCCUCCUCCCCCCACACAGGGCCAGACACAGGACGCCGAGUUCUACUCUGUAGACCUGGACCGGGACAGUAAAGGUUUUGGCUUCAGCCUGAGAGGAGGCCGGGAAUACAACAUGGACCUGUAUGUGUUGAGACUGGCGGAGGACGGAGCCGCGGUCAGGAACGGCAAAAUGAGGGUGGGAGACGAGAUCCUGGAGAUUAACGGUGAGAGCACAAAAAACAUGAAGCAUUCACGUGCCAUCGAGCUGAUCAAGAACGGGGGUCGGAGGGCACGACUGGUCCUGAAGAGAGGAGACGGUUCUGUACCCGAAUAUGACAGCAGCAGUGACAGGCACACUCCCACACCCAGGGCACAAAACGCUGCGGAAGUGAGAAUGGUGCCGUCCAACAGUCGAUAUCACACCUCGUUGGAGUCCAAUUAUCCACCAGACCUUCACAAACCAUCGCGCCAGGAGGAAGCUGUGCGUGGCCGAGAUUCGGACAGGAACAGGGACAGGGCUAGGGCGGAGCAGAUGGAAUACCAAGACUGGCAAUUAAACCCCCACCAUCACCCCACCUGGAACAACAACCACAGUCACAGUCGCCCCAGACAACCGUCUCCAGACAACAGUACCAGCAGUACCGGCGACACCAAGAAGAGCCGCAAAGUCAAAAAGUCACAGUCAGAGAGCGGCAUCUCCAAACUCUUAAAAACUCUGAGAAAGGACAGCUCUGGGAAGAAGGCUGCUGCUGCUGACAAACUCAGGGGGCGCGGGCCGUCGGGCAGCAGUUCCACUUUGGACGGGAGGGUGCGUCCGCAGCGCCGCGGCUCCCUGGACCGCUCACCUACCCGAAAGCGUACGUCAUCACCCGAUCGCCGACGAGCCAAGUCGAUGGAUCGCAGGGCAGAGCGAGCCCAGCGAGACCGCACCCCCGAGAGGGACGCCGAUGACGGAGGAUUCCUCGCGGUCACUCCCGAACGGAAGUUCCACGAGCGCAGGCUCCUGAAGGAUGUACAGACGGACGGGCGAGGCAGAGAGGCCGUCACCCCAGAGCGCUGCAACAACAACAGCGGGGAUUCAAACUCACUAUCAAGGGGUCGCACGCACAACAGGACCCCGAAGAACAGCAACGUCCUGAGAGACUCUUCCUCAGAGCGGAGAGAGGAGAGGCCCCAGAUGAACGGGACGCCGGAGAGACGUUUUCGAGUGGAGCGGGACUCGUCCCCCGACAGCACCUACAGCAGAGACGAUCUGAACCCCGCCGCCGCGGCAGCGCCCAGACUGAGUGAGUACUACAGCAUGAUGAAGAACAACGCUCCACACAACAACAUGGCGUACAACAACAACAACCACCACACAGCGGGCCGCGGGUCCAACCAGCUCCCUGAGCCCAAGAGACGGCUGUACCACGAAAGCUCCAAAGACCUCAGCAUCUAAGUGGUGGCCACGCCCACCUCCGUCUGCGCUAACGCUGUACUUCCUCUGGAGUCCUGCGUCUGAGGUCGACUGAUGUGUGGAUUCAUUUAACUGAGCUGCUGUGACUCCGUCCUGAGGUUCCUCACACAGUGGGUGUGGGACCCUCCUUUCAGUUUGACCUUUGACCCACUUCUGUUGACCCCUAGCAGUUAUUGUACUAUAGUGAAGGUCUGUGCCUGCAUAUACUACAGUGAUCUUGUUUUCGUAGGCGUUGAUAACUCUCUGUUCCUCCGAGGUUUGAAACAUGCUUCCAGCUGUGGUGACGUCUACCUAACUAACUAACUCACUAACUAACCUUUGUUACUUUUUGGUCAUUACUGAAUUGCUUUACUGAACAAACUAUAGCACAAGACACUGGUGGAUUCUGAGACUGUGAACGGGUUUUUGGACUCUCUCUCCUGAGAAUCCGACGGUGAAACAGGAGCAGGAGAAUACGAUUGUUGUUUGUUAUUUAUUUGAAAUUCCUCACAUGUCCAGCAGAGGUCGCAGGACACAUGGACACAAGUACUUCACACCUGGACCAGUGUGCAAAACCUCUACUGCUGCCCCCCCGCCCCGUCCCCGUCAUUCA